UGAGCAGUAGAAGGGAUGCAAAAACAGAGGAAGGUAACAGAGGCGCCAUUGUUGUUCUUCUUUGAGAGAAAGAGACCUCAGAGGUUUCCUCCCAUCAGGGAUUUGGGAAUUUUCGGCUGCCCUUUCUCGGCAAGGAUUCCGACGAAUCUCAACUCCAUUAUUAUUACAAGUUUCCAUACAGGCUUUUCGUUUUGGUUUUGCUCUGCCCCUGCUCUGCUG